CUUAAAUAUUUUAUAUUUUAUUUAAUAUUUAUUAACUGUCUAAAAAUGUAUGAACUACAAAUAUCUCUUGAAGAAAUUCGCAAUGGAAGUGCGUUGAAACAAUGCAAAGAAAUUGCAGCAGAAAUUGUAAAAGGAAAUUGUGAUAUAUUGAAGGUUGUCAUUAGUUUAAAGGAAUGUCUAACACAUCCAGAACCAUUAUAUCGAGGUGGUGGUAUAUCUUUUCUCACAAAUGUAAUGCGAGAACUGCCUAAAUCAUUGCUAAAUUCAAAAGAGCUUACUCAAUUAUCUGAGUACAUAUGUGAUCGAUUGAAAGAUCAUAAUUCAAUGGCAUCAGCAAAUUUAACGGCUGUAUUGGUUUUACUCUCAAUGGAAAAUCUGGAUGCAGAUUGUGUGAAGAAAAUAUUGGAUGUUUUAUUCGAUAAUGUGCCAUGUCAGCAGCAGGACAAAAAGGACAGAUUAGUUUAUAUGACUAUAUUGAGAUUAAGUUUUGCCAAAUAUCCUAAAGCAAUUCAAGAAAUGGGUGAUGAUAUAUUGAAAAGUUUUAUAGAGUCAGUUGAUGGAGAAAGAGAUCCUCAAGUUUUAGUUUUAAAUUUCAAAAGUUUUGUUGAAUUGAGUAAAUUGUUGCCAAAUGCUGAAAUCUCAGAAGAUAUAUUUGAGGUAUUUGGUGUAUAUUUCCCAAUUGAUUUUUCAGCCCCUGUUGAACCAGACAGGCCAUACACUCGAGAUAAUUUGGCUAAAUUACUUAAAAAAAGUUUAUUAGCUUAUAAAGCAUUUGCAAAGUAUGCUAUUCCUCUGGCUUUAGAAAAACUUGAUUCAGAUUUUGAAGUAGCUAAAAUUGAUUCAUUGGAAUUUUUGAUAGAAAGUUGUGAUAUUUAUGGAGAUUCUGAUUACAAACCACAUUUACAUGAAAUGACAAAGUUAUUGAGGCUAGAAAUUUUGAGAGGCUGUGAAGCUAAAACUUGUUCACUUAGCCUGAUUCUUUUGUGCAGAUUAUCGGAAACUUUGCAAGAGUCUUUACAUGAAUUUGUUGAUACCGUAUUGAAUUUUUGCCUAAUAUUUCUACUCGAUGAUUCAAUGACACAACAGCAUUUAAUUGCUACAUAUGUUUUAUAUGCAACAGCUUUAGGUUCUAAAAGUGCUUGUGAGAAAAUUUUGAAUAGAGUAAUUCCUAUAAUCAUAACGAAAAAUGUUACAAUAAACACUGUGAGUCAAUUAUAUAUGCUAUUGCACAGUUAUCAAAGUACAAAAGCUGAUCUGGAAUCAAAGAUUUUCACAGAUUUUGUGAAUUGGUUUACAAAUCAAAAAACAAAUGACAUAAAAAUAUUAGUUAUGAUGUCGUCUUGUAUUGUUAAGGACAAGUCUCUAAUUCCAUUCAAUUUAACUAUGUUGCAACAAAUGUCUGAAAAAGAUGAGCAAUUUACUGAAAUAUUUAUGCCGUUAUUACUUGCAAAUGAAAUAACUGAAACUAAAAUAGAAAUUUUAAUAAGACUAAUGUUUAAAAGCAAAGUUUCAAAAACAUGCUGCCAAUGUUUUAUUGAACAUUUGAAGAAUCCUGCAUUGUUUCAAAAAAUACUGCUAAAAUUUCUUGAUGUAUAUGAGGCUGUGAAUGAUUCAAAUGACAAAUUCAAUAUUGUGAAAACACUUAUAGAAGAAUAUGAUUUUAUUGAUUCUAUUGAAAAUACUUUGCAAAGUAGUGAUGUUGUCAUGGAUGAGAAUUUGCUUUAUGGUGUAAGAAAUAUUUUUGUAAUUAUAUCUCAACAAUCUUCUGCAGAACAACUGAACAACGUAUUAGGCAGGAAUAGAUGUUCUAUAUGGAAUUGUAAAACUUUGGCUUUAUACAAUGGAAUAAUAUAUGGAAUAAACAAAUCUGAACUUCAAAUAAAUUAUAUAACUGAUUUAAUAAGUUGUCUGGUGAAAUCUGCUUUGAGCGAUUCUCCCAUAGAAAGAUUUUUUGCAAACAUGACUAUGUACUAUUUAAUCAACAAAAUAGUUAGUGAAGAAUUAUCAAGUUUAUUAUUGAGUAAGUUGAAUUAUGAGAGCAAUGAAGGAUUAUUAUUGCGGAAAGUAGAAAGCUCUUCUUGGCUAGCAAAAGGAUUGCUAUUGCGCAGUGACAAAAAAUAUGAGGAUUUGCUGAGAAAGUGUGCAGAUCUUGAUGAUUCUCAUAUUCCCACGAUUUAUAGAAUUUUGUGUUACGAAUGUCCAAUACCCAAUGGAAACAUCAGCAUUUUGCAUAAACAAAGAUUAUUUGUUACUACUGAAAAGUUAUUCAAUUCUAAAAUGAUGAAACCUGAUAUCAGAUUAUUUACUUAUAAUUUGAUGAUAACAUGUAUUCCAAAAACUAUUUUACAUAUGUACAAAGAUAUUCUUACUACAAUAUUAGUUGAUUCUAUAAGAAGUGAGGAUAAAGAUUUGCAGUGGAUAAGCUUGUAUAAUACUAAAAAUAUUUUGGAAUUAUCUCCCGAUGAAAAUGGUUUAUGUUCAUCACUUUAUGAAAACGUAGAUAAAAUGUUACCAAGAGUACUGCAUUUAUUGGAAACUUCUGACCAUCAAGAAAAUCAAAAAAUAACCUUAUAUAUUGUCAGUCAUUAUGGAACAUCAAAGAAAUAUUUAAUCAAACUUUUACAAUAUAAACAACAGGUUCUGGCAUGUCUUAAAAGAUGUCUAAACAAUCAAAGUCGUAUUGUUAGAUUUAUAGUGCAAAAAUCUAUUGAAAAUUGGAAAAAUAUUGAUAGUUAA